UCCAAAACUAAUACUACUAGAGUACUACAGAAAAAGUUGGUAACCCUACCCUCCAAAUUCAAAUUGCAAUCCGUGGAAUUCGCGGUAACCCUCGCCUGCUAUUACAAGGGAAAUUCCAUCCGAUUACAGUCUACAUUCAUCUUCACCCAUUCAUUCCAGUUUUCUUUUCGAAUUUCCAGCAUCAAUUCAGGUUACUUUUCGAGGAAAGAAAUUGACGAAUCUUUUGACGAUUCCAUAGAUUUGAAGUGUGGAUGGCCAAAGGGAUUGGUUAGUUGUGGUGUAGUCUUGAUGGAAACCAUCAAGCCUUUGUCGGAGGCUGUCCAAAGUAUGGUGCGCUCGGGGUUCAUCAUCAGCUGCUUGACUACUGUUGUCGAAGAGCUCAUAUAUAACAGCCUAGAUGCUGGUGCAACAAAGGUAUCAGUCUCUGUCGCUGUUAAUAAUGGCUAUGUUAAAGUAGAAGAUGAUGGAUUCGGUAUCAGCCGGGAUGGACUUGUGUUGCUGGGAGAACGAUAUGCAACAUCAAAACUUCAGCAUUUUCAUGAAAAAGAUUCUUGUGUGGGAAACUUUGGGUUUCGGGGAGAAGUUUUGUGCUCAAUUGCUGAUAUCUCUUUAGUGGAAAUUGUAACAAGAGUUCAGGGGAGGCCCAAUGGGUAUCGGAAAGUUAUGAAGGGUCGCAAGUGUCUUUGUCUCAGUAUUGAUAAUGAUAGGCAUGAUGUCGGCACAACUGUCAUUGUCCGUGAUUUAUUUUACAACCAACCUGUGAGGAGAAGACAAAUGCAGUGCAGUGCCAAGAAAGUUUUGCACUCAGUUAAAAAAUGUGCAGUACGGAUUGCCCUUGUGCAGCCAAAGGUUUCCUUCAAAGUCAUUGAUUUGGAGAGCGGAGAUGAUAUGCUUUACACACGUAGUUGCUCUUCUCCUUUGUCACUGUUGUGCAGCAAUUUUGGUAUUGAAGCCUCUAGUUUACAUGAGCUGAGCUUUUCAGAAGGAUCUUUGAAACUUACAGGAUAUGUAUCUGCUCUGUCCAGUUCUUUCGCUUCGAAGGCAGUUCAAUAUAUAUAUGUUAACUCAAGGUUUGUGGUUAAAGGCCCAAUUCAUAAAGUCUUGAAUCGUCUGGCGGAUAUGGGCUAUGACCAGUUGAGAGGUGACAGAGGUGAGAAGAGGUCUCAAGCACCUGCAGGUCCAUUGUACUGUUUGAAUCUUACCUGUCCUCGCUAUUCCUACGGUUUGAACCUUGAAUUUUCGAGGGCAUCUGUAGAAUUCAAGGAUUGGGCUCCUGUACUUGCAUUUAUUGAAAAAUCAGUCACGUCCUUGUGGAGUGAGGAAAGAAAGAGGGGGAUUUGUCAUGAUCAUGAAGCUGACCAUAUCAGGAAAGAUGGCAUAGAGAAAGUAGUUGAAAUGUCUUCGUCAGUGGAAAAAGAUUGGUGGUUGAAGACCUGUGAAAUGUCUAAAAAGAGACGUAGAACCCAGAAUAGCGAGGAUCAUCAUGCAUGCACUAAAGAUUCACUGGAAAUGCAAGUCGAUGACUUUAACUUGUUUCUUUGGAAGAACAAUUGUAGGCCGCACAUGAAUUCAGAAAGCAUCACUGUGAAAUUUAGGGAAUCAGAAACGGAGAGGGAGUCUCCUCAUCGGAUUAAUUUUACUGUAUUAGAGGAUGGUUCUCACUCCAAGUGCAAUUUUAAUGAUAAAGAUGGUAUGGGAAGUGGUCUUUUUGAGUCUGAUGAGGAACUUGCGAGUAGAGAUUCUUCGAGAAGUGAUAUCUUUACUAUACAAAGAGAGUCCGACUAUGUGAAGAAUUGUCUCUCCAGUUCAAGAUGGAAGGAUCAGGUCAGUUUAGAUGAUCCAUAUGCUGGGAGCCGUGACAUCGGUAGCAUUUGCAGUCCUGAGUUCAUUCCGGUAAAUGACCUGAUGAUGGCCAAUGAUGAUCAGGGGGAGUUGUCUUUGCAGAAUUGCUCAUGGGAGAAUCCACUUCAAACACCUUUGAACUUUGAUAAGGAGUCCCAGUUUCAGAUUGAUAAUGUCAAGGCCAAGAGACACUGUAGCAAUUUUCAUGGCAGUGGAGAUGCUCAUAGCCUUUGUCAGAACUUUGAUAUUUUUCAAAGGGAUCAAUCUUGCGAUGAGAUAGUAAAUACUUGGCCACUCCUUAAAUUCAAUAUUGGAAGUCAUACAAGGGAGGAUAUUGACAUUGUUCGUAAGGAAUGUGAUGUUCCAUCACCAUUCCGUGGAAGAUCCUUUGAUAAAGAGUACCCUUUAGUAUCUCCAAGUAAAGGUGGCAGAGUACUCUUCCCCUCUUCUUCCACAAACUGUGGUCAGCAAUCUGCAAUUGCAUAUCCUUUUGCUGAUUGGGAUUCUGACAAUAUUAUUCCUAAUGAAGGUUUCCAGAGGAGAUCAGGAGCAAGUAAUAGUGAUGGUUUUGAGAAUUUCAAUCAUGAAACAGAGAAAUCUUAUUGCAGGAGUUUUGGUGAUAGGUGUAGCAACAAGAAUUUCACUUUCACAAGUCGUUUGAAUUCAACACCAUAUUUCACAUGUAAAAUUUCAGGUGUUGAAAAAGGCGUAUGGGAAUCUUCCCCACAUGGACAAAAUGUUGAUAAAAUAUCCUCUAUAAGAUGUGGUAAUCCUUUAUUUGAAGAAAUAUAUUCACCUUCAAUGGACAGAAGGUGUAGGGACUCAUCAGUCUGUUUGAGUCCAUUGAUAUCCCCCAACAAAGGAAUCCAAAUGGACUUGCAAGGGUGUCAAGAGUUUGGACAGGACAAUAUUCUUAUGGGAAGGCCAGGGAGGAACUAUGACAGUUCUGAUAGCCUCUUUACUGCCAGAUGUGAAUUAAUGGUAGCUAAUGGAACUUCAUCUCCAUGUCUGGAUUUCCAAAGCAACUCAAGUUCGUACAAGCCAUCAGUGUGCUGUUUUUCACCUGUAACUGCUGAUCGAGGUCCCAAACCCAAUCCCCAAAGAUAUCAAGUUUUCGAGCCAAAUCACUGUGAUUUAGAAUCAGAAAGCUCCGGGAGACCAAGAAGGAGCCUUUCAGCUCCUCCAUUUUGUAGGGGCAGGAAGAGAUUUCACUCGGUGAAGAGUUCUAUAAUUUCUACAACUAAAAGAUCUGCUUUGCAGACAGCUCCCCGAGUUUGCAUUUUCUCAGAAAGAGACAAGUCGCAGCACCCACAUAGACCAGCACAAUCUUCUAGUGUAAAUCACUGGCAUGAUGGGAUCAGAUCUGGGGAAGAGUCACUGUUCUAUGUUGAACAAAUGGUGAAGGAAACCUCAAAAACCAUACAAGUCAGUGCUUGCUCACAAGAUGGCAGGACAGAGUCUCCCUUUUUCAGCAGUGGCUACUUGAAGGAAGUUCAGGAUUCCGGAAGCUCACAAACUAAGUGGCGAGAAGGCUGUCCUGAUUCUAGAUUGAAGGAGAUAGCCAACUACUUAAGAGCUGGAGAUAGGUUGAAUGGACCUAGAAAUGAAAAUGAAAUUCUGGAUAUUCAAUCUUGUUUGCUUGAUCUUGCUGGUAAUUCAUUAGUUCCGAAAUCUAUCAAAAGAAGUGGCUUGGAGAAUGCCAAGGUGCUUUCGCAGAUUGAUAGUAAGUUCAUUCCAGUUGUGGCAAGCGGAACCUUAGUGGUGCUUGACCAGCAUGCUGCAGAUGAGAGAAUUCAACUUGAAGAAAUGCGUCAGCAGGUUCUUUCUGGUGAAAUGAAGUCAAUAAGCUAUCUGGAAAAAGAGAAAGACUUGGUUUUGCCUGAAAUGGCCUACCAGCUACUGUGCGAAUAUGCUGGGCACAUAAAACACUGGGGAUGGAUAUGCAGCAUAUUUGAGGAUUCUGGAUCAUUUGCCAAGAAUCUAAAUCUUCUAAAUGAGCGGCCAUCUCAUCUCACGCUGACUGCGGUACCAUGUAUUUUGGGAGUAAUCUUCAAUGAUGCAGAUUUAGUGGAGUAUCUUGAACAACUUGCUGAUACUGACGGGUCAUCCACCAUUCCACCAUCUGUAGUUCGAGUUCUAAACUACAAAGCAUGCAGGGGUGCUAUUAUGUUUGGGGACAAACUCCUGCCUUCUGAAUGUUCCCUCAUCGUAGAGGAGCUGAAGCGAACAUCAUUAUGUUUUCAAUGUGCUCAUGGAAGACCAACCACAGUACCUUUGGUGAAUCUGAAGGCGUUACACAAGGCGAUCUUACAGCUCGGAUCCUGGCGUGAGCAUUCAGAAAAUACAUGGCAUGGACUCUGCAGGAAGGAGAUCAAUCUUGAUCGAGCCAAGCGUAGACUAGAUGUGGCAAGAGGCUGUGAGUGAAAUACUCAACUUGAUGUAAAUAGGUUUUGUUUUUCUUUCUUCUGCAGGAAGUAGAUUGCUCUUGACCGUGCCAAGCGUAGACUAGUUGUGGGCAGUGGCAAGAGGCUAUGAGUGAAAUACUCAUCAGCUUGAUGAAAAUAGGAUUUAUUUUUCUUCCUUCUCUUUCCACAAUUUUGUUUUCUCCUGUAGUUCUUUGUAUCUUUAGCAGUUUCUUAUUUUUUUUUCCUUGUAGAAAAUAAACUGUAUAUCAUUCUUUGACAACCUUGUAUAUAAGUUUUCAAGCUAUAGUAAUUAGUAGUUAAGUA